AUGUGUAAUCGUGUCGUCACUUGUUUGUUUGUUUGUUAUGCCUCUGUAGAUAGUAGAUGUGGUAAACAUGUUGAAGAGGUAUUAGCAUCUGUACCUUUUAGUGAAAGAUGUAAUUGCAAUAGUGGAGGUAAAAUACCUGAAAUUACUGCUGCUGCAACUGGCUCAAAAUAA